CCCAUGAGGAACGCAUGUAAAAAAACAUGGAGGCUUUCAGAGAGAGGGAGAGAGAGUGCGAGUGUGAGGGAGCGAAGAUGGAGAAGAUGAUCGCAGUGGGUAUGGUGUGGGGCGCCACCAACGCUAUCAUGCGCCGCGGUGCGCUUCUCUGGGACGAGGCUCUGAAAUCCUCUGCAAAGCCACAUCCGCAGUCAUCCAUGGGCCAGAAAAUGCGCAUCUCCCUCGGGAACUGGUUCAAGCUUCUCUCCAUCUGGCAAUACUCAAUUCCCUUCCUCAUCAACCUCUCAGCCUCCGCCACUUUCUUCGCCAUCCUCUCCGACGCCCCGCUCUCCCUCGCCGUCCCUGUCACCAACGCCACCACCUUCGCCGCCACCGCCAUCUUCGGCAUAUUUCUCGGGGAACGCACGCACCUCCUCCGCGCUUUCUUCGGUACCGCUCUUAUUGUCCUCGGUCUCUGCUUCUGCAUCAACUCUUAGUAGUGGCUUUUCCACCAUCUUUGUAAAAUCAUUUUUUAAACUUUUUAAUCUGUUAUUAUGUUUUUUGUUACGACUUAAGAGCCUCCAAUUUCAUUACAUCGCCUAGGGUUCACUUUGCAAAUUCCCAUAUCACAUAAUUUGUUUAUUCAUGGAUAAAAGAUUAUUUAGUACAUGGUGAACAAGAAUGGUAUCACCAAGAUCGGGACAAAUAACAAACAAAUGUUACACGAAAGAAGAAAGGAGAUGAAAACAAUUCAGCUGCCAAGAUGCGUGACUUUUGUUGCAGCUACAUUUCCACACCUUCACACUGUCAAUUUUUUUUUUGUGACUAUUCGAUGAAGAUGGGACGAUCAGCUUCAAGUACAUGUUUUAAGUUUGAUUUUCAAAGAAAAAAAAAUGUUCCGAUCUUUGUGUAAUAGUUUUGAAUCGCUGACUGUGUGAAUGGUGGAAAGUGACUGCAGGGAAUACGAAUCAGAUGUUUAGAAUUGUGGUUUAAAGCAUUCUGGAGGCAUCUGUCCGUUGAAUCUUUUGGUGUCUGUGCAGUAGUCAUAGAUCAUGUAAUUGUUUCUGAUCCAAUUCAGCUGUUCCAACUGGGUGUGGGUCAGCUUCUUGUAUCUAGCGGAAGUCCACCAAUUUGCAGGGGUAUUAUAGGCACAUUGAUGGAUGCUCUUUGCUCCACCCCACUUGCAAGCCCUUGCUCUGAAAUGGUGGAAUCUGGCCGUGAAUGGUGCGUGAUUCCAGUCCGUCUUUACUAGGCCGCCUCUGGUUGCCCAGUUGUCUGCAUUCCAUAGGCUGGUGUAAACCCUCAUUCCUUGUUUGUUUGGGUAAGUGAUACCCUCUUGUUCAUGGUUGCGGAAAACACGAAUUGGCACAUCAUCAACAUACCAGCUGAGGUACCAGUCACAGGAUUCUAGUUAAUGGGUUAUAAACAAUUUUAGAAAGUCGAAUAAGUUUGUGCUCUGGUAAAAUUUAUCAACUUACACAAUUUCUGUGGGAUUCCAGUGAAUGGUGUAAUUGUGAAAAUUAGCAGUUGGGUCAAACCAGAGGUAAAACUGUUGCUCUCUGCUUCCUUUUCCUUGUGUGUACAAGUUAGUAUGGACAGUGUAUGGUUGUCCUGUACUGUUGCCCAAGAACUCAAAGUCGAUCUCAUCAUGCUGGCUUCCUGCAGAAGAUAACUGUUUGGGCAAGAGACAUUAAUUAGCAUUUCUUUUAGUAAUGGAAGCUUGAUGGAUUUGUUUUUUCAAAAGUGCAUAUUUUGGUGUUAUCGAGAUCUCUUGGAUCCAGUGAACUUACAUAGUAUGCUGUGACUGUUCCGGCAGAAUUACCAGGUACAAGCUUGAUUUGCAUUUCAAUGCUUCCAAAUAAGAAUGAUCUCUUCGAUUGAGCAGCUGACCCUGAAAUCCGAAGGCAACAACAAUAACACAUUGUACCAGCUAGAAUUUUCUCACCAUGUGAUACCAGUCAAUUGAAAUCUAAAUUGGUGCAUGGUAAGCAUAAAUGUUUCACCUGAGGUUUUAUCCAACACAAGAUGAAGGUCUUCACCCAGAAUUGAUGCAUGUUGGACUCCCCAAGUGAGGUGCAUGCUCUUGGAAAAGUUGGCAUCCACUUGGAUAAUGUUGGGAAGGAAUGCUAAGGUUAACAAAGCUACUAGCAUUUUUUCAAAUUUGGACACACUAACCCCUACAACAACCUUUUCUGUGUUUGCCUUUCUAUGAAACUGAAAACUGAUGAUUGGUUGGUGUGGUCAUUAUAUAAGUUCCAAAGCAAUAUGACGUUCUAAAGAUGAACUCUGUUCAUUUAAAUUCUCUGAGCGUAUAUGUACACCCGUUCAUAGGAUUUGUCAUCUUGAUAUUAUUACUUUUCGAACUGGGAGCCUACUGAAUUUAUGUCAGGAUUCAUAAAUAAGAUGGCUCCCGAUGGCGUAGAAGUGUUUGAACUUUAAAA